AUGCCAUCAACCGGCCCUCGUUCGUUAAAACAACCAUCAGUGGUCCGAUGUCGUCGCCAUCGUUCACGACGGCAUCGGCCAUUGAAGUACCAGAGUAAGAGAUCAGUGCUGCAACCGAUUCAUAUCGUCCGUGGCAAGUUCAAUUCAUCAACUGAAAUCAUUCCUAUAGCUGACGAGAAGACUACAAAUACUUCACAAUACAAUUCUAUUCACCAGGAAAUAUCAAGAAGUACACAAUUAAGUUCAUUUCAACCUAAAACAUCGUCAAUUGAUAGUUACCCUUCAUGGUUACAUGCAAGGAGGAUAACUGAUCGAAAGAUUCAUGUCAGUCCAUUAAAUUUCGAUAGUGAUCUGCACUCACAUGUAUCAUCCUGUAACGGUAGUUAUGGUGAAAUCUUAACUCACAAAAGAAAUCGAAAGAAACAAAAGCAAGCCGUAUACACCUGCUGCAUCUGCACUCCUCUAUGCACAUUUCUGUGUACUCUCGCUACAUUUAUACUAGCUACUCUGCUCGCCAUCAUUCUUGUUAUUCUACUAACAAUGAAUAAACCUUCAACGACAAUAAUCACAACAACGGUACAGGUGUCCGUUUCUAGUUCUACAAGCACCACAACUAUCAGUUCGACAACAUCUACUACAGCAACAAUAUGUAAUUCAUCGUGUGUUAAUCAAACAUGGCUUUCGUCAUCCAAUCUUCUUGCUAAGUGGACUUUCAAUGGAACAUUUCUCGACGAAACAGCUAUCUAUUCCGCUACGCCUGUCAAUAGCCCAUCAUUUAUUUCCAGUGGUUACGUAUACCAGUCUCUAUCAUUGUCGGCAGCGUCAAGUCAAUAUAUCUAUUCUCCAUACAUUCCAUUGCUUAAUAGUAGUUUUACAAUCGAAGUUUGGCUUUACCCAACCGGAUACCCGAAUUCAAUUGAUCAUAGCAUUCUAGGUUUAUGCACAUAUCCAGGAAAUGAUUAUUGUCUCCAUAUAACAAUUCGAGAGAUCCCAUUGAGUACCUGGACCCAUACUGCAUUUGUUUUUGAUAUUAAUACACUUAAAAUGUCAAUCUACUUCGACGGUUAUCUUAUUGGAACUGAAAUAUCGGCAAUACCACUUCAAGGUACUCCCAAUCCUGUUACAAUAGGCUAUAUUCCUGGCAUCGUUGCAGCGUAUGGGAAUAACUAUUUUCAGGGCUAUAUGGAUCAAUUAACAAUUGUCUCUCGAGUCAAGUUAGAAUGCGAAAUACUUGAUGAUGCUUCAUUAGUAACAUAUUAUACUUUCGAUAAUAGUCCUGUAUAUGAUGAUUCUGGGCCGAACUCACUAACAAGUACUUAUUUGGCUACUUCCUUUGUUCUGGCCGGACAUUCCGGUAAAGCUAUCAGUUUUAACGAUUCAACGGCUUACUUACAGAUCAGUGGUUUGACAGCGCUUGGCACAAAUAACAAAGCGUUCUCCAUUUCCUUAUGGAUACGACCCUAUGCAUUGUCAGGAACACUCGUUUUUGUUUCAAGUAGUCCAUCGGGCACCGGUUGGUGUAUAUCUAUGCUAGGUUUUGCUGUAAACGGUUCGAUAGUUGCACAAAUCUUAAGUAGUUCUGCAGAAUCUGUCUUUGGUCCUGCAGUACCAGUCUCUUCAACAUGGCAUCAUAUUGUACAGACAUGGAGUUCAACCAAUGGACUUCAACUAUAUGUCGAUAAUGUUUUAGUAGCCUCUCGGCCUUCUGUCAUCACGUAUUCCGCGAGUUCAGCUUCAAACUAUGUCCGGCUAGCUAAUCGGCCAAACAAUGCAUGUCUUUACGGUGGUAUCGGUCUUCAAAAUGCAUAUUCUGGUGAAAUCGAUGAUUUCAAGAUCUACAGUCGAGAGCUUAGUAAAGACGAUGUUUGUGCACUUUAUAGGAGUUAA